AUGCCUCGGGAAACUGCUCCCGAGGCGAAGGCGUCAGUUGUUGCGCUCUUGUCAGAAGGUUUGUCCCUGAGGAAGAUUCAGGAACGCCUUUUGACGCUUGGAAUUGUAAUCAGCAAGUCGACCGUUAGCAACAUCAGCCAUGAACAAAAGAGAAUCGCAGCUGGCUGGACGAAGCCCGCAAAACGGCUCGGCGCGCAAAACCUCCCUUCUUCCCGGACAAAACCCGUAAUCGCAAAGGUCAAGAAGGCUGUGUCCAGGCAGAAUCCAGAGACGCAAACAAGGAUUGCUAAGAGACUGGGGAUAGCACGCAGUACAAUGCAAAAGAUUCUUUCUGAAAAUCUUCAGCUGAAAAGGAGGAAGAAGCGAAAAGUUCACGUCCUCACUGAGAAGCAGAAGCAGCAGCGCUACGAUCGGGGAAAGGUGUUCAUUUCCUAUCUGGGGAUGUUCAAAGUCCGGAUGAUAUUUACCAUGGAUGAAACAUGGGUCACAUUAGAUGAUUUUAAUGUGCAAACGGACUUUUACUACGCGGGCGGGGAAAUGGAAGUGCCGGACGACUGGAAGAAAAAGCCAACUAAGCGCUGGCCACAAAAAGUCAUGAUUGCUGUUGGAAUUUGCUGGAACGGAAUGUCGCGGGCCUAUUGCGUGGAUGGAAAAGCCAAAGUAGACGCAAAAUACUUUGUGAACGAGAUUUUGUCAAAAAUGGUCAACUAUGAUAUCCCCCGGCUCUAUGGCGCCCACGCGAAGGACGUCAUCCUCCAUUUCGACAACGCCCGUAGUCAUACUGCAAAGGUCACGCAGCAGUGGCUGAAAUCGAACGAGGUAAAGUAUGUUCCGCAGGAACAUUGGAUGGCCAACAGCCCUGACUUAUCUCGGUUGGACUACGGAAUCAGUGGAAUUUUUAAGCAAAUUUUUGGUGGCAGGAAGGCUACCACGGUGGGUGGGUUGAGCCGAAUUGUGAAGCAGGUGUGCUCUAGUUUUGAUCUCAGUGUUAUUCGUAAUACUCUCCAAUCGUGGAAUCCCCGAGUGCAAAAGAUGUUGGAUACCUUUGGUGAUCAUGUAGAAAUUUAA